UGCGUGAGUGAGUCGCCGCCGUGCGAACGGGUCUGCGUGCGCUGCGCGGGCGCAGAGUCGCCCGCGCGUCGCGCGGGCGACUCUGCGCCGCGUGAGUGGGUUUGUGCUGCGCGCGUGAGUCUGCGCGGCGGGGGCGCGUCUUGUCUGCGAGCGUUGGCGCGCGAGCGAAUCCGUGCUGCGUGAGCGAGUCCGCGCUGCGUGAGUGAGUCUGCGCUGCGUGAGUGCGUCCGCGCUGCGCGAGCAAGCCUGCGCCGCGCGAGUUAUUCUGCGCUGCGUGAGCGAGUGCGCGCCGCGUGGGAAAAAGUUUCUGAUUUAUUUGCUUUGGCGCCUUUCUAGGCCAGGUGUGUGUGUGUGGUGUUCGAGGCAGAUUUUUAAUAUUGCUUACUAGUAAUCUUAAUUUUUGGGGUGAGUUACAUGAGAUAUGUUGGAUAUUGAAAACCAUGAAGUAGAUUUUUUACAGUUUAUAGAUAUAGUGACGCUUGUACUUUAUCUAUAUCGUGAGUGUAUGGCGAAAGAGGCCGCGAUUUCUUGUGCACACCUCUGUUGUAGUUGCUUUUUGCCCCCCAUCACCAUCCUCUAUCACCCCCACCCUUGCUUUUCGUUUUCCUUUCUUUUCAAGUUUCUGUUUCUCAAUCAAGCUCGUGCAUUAGCAGAAAGCGCAUUCUCUUGCGAAGGUUUAGGAUUCGUCUUCACACGGAGGUAUGUCGACAGGAGGACGCGGAAGGUGUCCCUCUCGUGACGGGAUUUAUUAUGUGUGACUAUGUGUGGGACUAGUAGUAAGACUGGAGUCUCGAUGGCUGAGAGAUCCCCCGCACAAGAACUGACAUUUAAUUAUUUCCUUGAAGUCUGGAAUCCACUACAAUCCAGUCAAACUCUUGAUCUACCCUCCCCAAAAAAGGAGUUCGAAAAGUGUGCGUCUAUG